ACGUCAGUUAUUUUUUUCCGUUUGAGUCAUUCACUGCCCUUGAGUAGUUAAUACUCCGGCCAUUUCCCCACCUGCUUCUUCUCCACUCCGCCACCUCCUCCGCUGCCAACGCUGACGGCGUUUAUCGUUCAGCUCCAGAUUCGCAGCUUCUGAUUCACCGCAAAAAAAUUCACAUCACCCGGAGUUUCAACUUGAAUAGAUUGAUAUGAAUUCGCGGAGGGAACGUAGCAGUAGAGCUGCUCUAUUUGAUGGAAUUGAGGAAGGUGGUAUAAGGGCUUCGUCAUCAUAUGCUUCUGGCGAAAUUGAUGAACAAGAGAAUGAGAGGGCAAUAGAUGGGUUGCAAGAUAGAGUUAAUAUGCUCAAAAGAUUGACAGGUGAUAUACAUGAGGAGGUGGAGACUCAUAAUCGGAUGCUUGAUAGAAUGGGAAAUGAUAUGGAUUCUUCAAGAGGUGUUUUAGCUGGAACAAUGGAUAAAUUUAAGAUGGUAUUCGAGACAAAAUCAAGCCGAAGGAUGUUCACACUAGUGGCCUCAUUUGUGGUUCUGUUUUUGGUGGUAUACUAUCUCACUAGGUAAUUAGUAAUGUGAGCAGAGAUAUGUACUGGAUUUAUGUGCAGAGAAAGAUGCUUGGCUCAGUUUCUGAUGUCAACAUUACUGUCUCACUGUAAGAAAGUCGAGACUUUGUCUAGCUGUGUAAAAGUGUUUUUAAUACAACAGAUAGUUUUGGAGUA